AUGCAGCAAGGUGAUCAGACGGUGUUGAGCUUGAGACCUGGUGGCGGUCGUGGUAGACUCCUUGGUCCUCGCUUCGACUCCUCCGCUUCUUCUGGCCCAUCUUCCUCGUCGUCUUCUUUAGCUUUCGGCUCCUUUUCUUCUGAUCUCCCUCUCUUGCGUCCCCAUGGUGGUGCUUCCUCUAAUUUCUCAAUCAAGUAUGUGCACGGUGUACCUACUGUAAAUAUGGACAAACAGCUAUAUGUAGGCUUUAGGCUGGGGGACUCACGGUUUGAGGGUCGUGAGCGUGUGAAGUACACCAGAGACCAGAUCUUACAGCUUAGAGAGGCUGUUGAGGUCCCUGAUGAAAUUCUGAAAGUAAAACAAGAAAUUGAAGCUGAAUUUCUUGGUGAAGAUCAGAGUUGGGGUCGUGCAGAAACCAAUCUGCCAACUCCACCUCAAUCUCAAGGUCGUUAUUCUGAGCCCGACAGUCGGGAUUGGCGUGGCCGCUCUGCGCCUGUUCCUGCUUCUGGAGAGGAACGAUCUUGGGAGACUCUUCGGGAGAAUAAAGAGUCUGGUAAUCGGUUUGAUUACAGACAACAAGAAGCAAAUCAACCUCAAUUUGCAAGGACACAUAACUCUUCCAACCAAGGGGGAGGGCCUGCUCCUGCUCUAACCAAAGCUGAGGUGCCAUGGUCAGCUAGAAGGGGUACCCUAUCUGAUAAGGACCGUGUGUUGAAGACUGUGAAGGGGAUACUGAACAAGCUGACCCCAGAGAAGUUUGAUCUCCUUAAAGGGCAACUUAUUGACUCUGGCAUUACUUCAGCUGAUAUCUUAAAGGGGGUUAUUUCACUGAUAUUUGAUAAGGCUGUGCUGGAACCUACAUUUUGCCCCAUGUAUGCUCUUCUGUGCUCUGAUCUUAAUGAAAAGCUUCCCCGGUUCCCCUCAGAUGAACCAGAUGGAAAAGAAAUCACUUUCAAGCGUGUUCUCUUGAAUAACUGCCAGGAGGCUUUCGAUGGUGCUGACAAAUUGAGGGAAGAAGUGAGGCAGAUGACUGCCCCUGAACAAGAGAUGGAGCGUAGGGAUAAAGAAAGAUUGGCCAAGAUUCGUACACUGGGAAACAUUCGUUUAAUUGGAGAGCUUCUGAAGCAGAAGAUGGUACCUGAAAAGAUUGUACAUCACAUUGUUGCGGAACUUUUAGGAGCUGAUAACAGAACUUGUCCUGCUGAGGAAAAUGUGGAGGCCAUAUGUCAUUUUUUUAACACUAUUGGUAAGCAGCUUGACGAGAGCCCAAAAUCACGCCGUAUAAAUGAUUUGUACUUCAGCCGAUUGAAGGAACUGACAACGAACCCUCAAUUGGCUCCAAGGUUGAGGUUCAUGGUUCGUGAUGUACUUGAUUUGCGGGCCAACAACUGGGUUCCCAGACGUGAAGAGGUAAAAGCCAAAACCAUUUCUGAAAUACAUACAGAGGCAGAGAAAAAUCUUGGAUUGCGUCCGGGUGCUGCUGCAAGCAUCAGAAGUGGUCGUAACAACGUUACUGGUGCUCAAGGGAAUACCAGUCCUGGGGGUUUCCCAAACAACCGAACUGGUUUAGGGGGUAUGAUGCCUGGAAUGCCUGGAAUGCCUGGGAUGCCAGGAACAAGGAAGAUGCCUGGGAUGCCUGGAAUAGAUAAUGAUGAUUGGGAGGUCCCUAGGAAUCGAUCAAUGCCACGAGGUGAUGCUGCUGGACGUGGCCAGUUGCCAUUCGUUGGAAAAUCAACAUCAGCGAACACAAGACUGUUACCUCAGGGUAGUGGUGGCCUUACCAGUAAUAGGCCUAGUGCCUUAUUGCAGGGUAGUGGUGGUCCUCCUGCUCGUCCAUCCAACUAUGCUUUUGGUGCAGAGCCUGUAGCUCAAGCGCCUGUGUCUGCUAGACCUGUUGUUGCUCCAUCUAUAUCACCACUUACUGAAAAGCCACAAGCUUCAGCUCCAGCUCCAAAGUUGAAACUGGAUGAGCUUAAGAAAAAAACAGUCUCCCUUUUGGAGGAAUAUUUCAGUGUUGGACUCUUAGAUGAAGCAUUACUGUGUGUGGAGGAGCUAAGAUCUCCAGCGUACCACCCUGAGGUUGUCAAGGAAGCUAUCUCCCUUGCACUAGAGAAAAGUCGACCCUGUGUUGAAUCACUUGUGAAGCUUCUGGAGUAUUUGUUUUCUAAGAAGGUGUUUACAGCUAGUGACAUAAGGAGUGGAUGUUUAUUGUAUGCAUCUAUCCUGAAUGAUGUUGGCAUUGAUCUGCCAAAAGCACCGAGUAACUUUGGUGAAGUUAUAGGGAAAUUAAUUUUGGUUGGAGGCUUGGAUUUUAAGGUGGUGAAAGAGGUCCUGAAGGAGGUGGAUGACGACUACUUCCAGAGAGCUAUAUUAGAGGCAGGACUGAAGGUUGUUAGUUCUAGUCCGUCUGGGCAAGGCGUGUUGGAUUCUCAAGUGUCUGAUAUUGAUGCCUGCCGGAGUCUAUUUUAG